GGGGAUAAUAAUUAAAAAGGAAACUUUCUAAAACUAGACUGAUAGUGAAUUGCCCCCCCAAAAAAAAAAAAAUGCUGCGACGCUGCUGGGUCACCCUUCACGUCCAGUCCCAUCAGAAGAAGCGGGGGCAGGACCCGAACGCGGGCACACGCUACGGCCGCGUGUACAAUCGCGGGUUUAUUCGGUACGGCUUUGGGGGUUUUGGGAUGUCCGUCUACACACCAAAAAAGGACCGCCGCUUUAGAAUCCAGCCUGUCCCGCAGGCCCCUACGGCGCCGUUCUCGGACGAGGACGGCUUAUCGCCAACAACGCGGACGCUUUCGCCGAAUUUUCGCAUGUUCGCGUUGGAUGACGGUGGGGUGUUGGUUUCGCAUCCCUCUCAUCAGCAAAUCAUGAAGUGGAAUCAAGGUGUACUGAACGAGUCGUGCAAGGAGACAGGGACGACUUCCAUGGAUAGUUAUAUCAACUCCCGAAUUCAGGCUAUCAUUGCAAACAACACCAUCGAGAACACCUCCCUUAGUCAGUGGCGGAGGACACAUAUGUGGAAUCUGAUCAAAGCUCACGGCCGUCUACAACGUCGGUGGGGGACCCCUGAGUAUGUGAAGGGGGUGCGAAGCACACUGUACAAUCUAAACUAAAGUUUACGGAGGACAAAGAGGAAGAGCAUUUAUUAUUUGAAAAUAGGGUACCCUUAGAUAGUCUGAUUCACCAAUAUUGAGUAUGUGCGUAGUGGGCUCACUGAAGGAUGGACAUAACUAACACACUUAAACAUCGAAAAUAGUGAAAAGAGGGUGUCUAUGCUUCGGUUUAAUAUUUGUUUAGGUGUUUUUUUCUUCUGUGUUGUAAAGGGGAGGAAUGUAUUCUUCUCCUUUUGAAUGGGAUUCGUCUUGAUGAAGUUUCUUU